AUGUCCAGUCAGAAGGCGCAUCAACCACUUUUUGUCCUUAAACAACAUAGCAGCGCUGUCAUGACCUGUGCGAUUGAUGAACAGCAGGUGUUUACACGGCUUUUGUUGAGCGGAGAUGGUGAUGGCGUUGUCAAGUUGUGGGAUCUUGAGCUCCACGUACCUUUGCUGUCGUUCCACGCGGUCAACAGGGUCUCUUCGUCUGCGGAUACCAAUAACCAACAAGGUACGACGCCUGCUUUUUUUACUAACACUAGUGUACUAAAGGUUGGGUUCCUCACUUUUCAGGCAAUGAACGCAUCAGCAAGCGAGGAGGGGGAAAGUGUCUGCUUCUACACUCAAUGCAGGAAUCAACACGUGUACGUUUGGCGAGCCGUUUUGUGCUGUGAUGAUGAUGAUGACAUUGAGGAACUUGAUUCUACCAAAAUAGAGGGGACAUCUGUGGAGUUGUUGCACACUAUCAACGUGCCACAACAUGGCUUUUGUACCGUGCCUUGUGUUGCUGUAUCUUGCAGGGAGCUGCAGUUGGCGAUUCCACACGAUAACGAUGGAAUUAUCAGUUUGUGGAGUAUUGGUUUAGUUGACAGGGAUGCGACAAAUUGUGCUCAGCAUCUGCAUGUGAGUUGCUUCAAAUCAUUUUCUGCAUCGGGGGCGGGGACGAGGUGUGGGAUGAUUAUGUGCAUCAACUUCAGGGACGGUACUCACCUCGCUGUGGCGUUUGAGAGUGGUCAUGUGACGCUGAAUAACAUUUGUGGGGAGCGGCUUGCCAUCAUUCGUGCCUUUCCAGAAACGGCUCUAACAUGUGUGUGGUUUGGAGACUCUCUUCUUUCUUCCUCAGCUGAUGGACAGCUCCACUGCUAUGUUGUCUUGAACCAGAAAGGGACGGGACCUGACACUCCAUUCAGUGAGGCAGACAAUGCCAUGUCUCUUGCUAUACGAUGGGAAGCCUCCCUACGCAAGGGCUUAGGGAGCGUGGCACUGCAGCGCCACUUGGCUGUGGUGGGGUCAUGGGAUCGCACGAUGCGACUGUAUGAUGAGGGUUCGGGCCGUGUUGUAUCCAUCUUGACAUUUCACAGUGGUACUGUCAAUGAGAUCGCUGUGUUUCCUGCGUCCUUGGCAAAGCAUGCCUCAUUUGGGUAUGAUGUGCGGCGCCCACGUUGGUGUGGUGCCGCAAACGCCAAAACCGAACAAGAGGAAGACUCUGUGUAUCUUUUUGCUUCAGCCAGUGGAGAUUUUACGAUUGCCAUCUGGCGCCUGGAUUUCAGGAUGCUGCGUGCGGCAAAGGUGAGUGCGGUGUAA